GUUUGGGAAGCACCGUAAGGACGAGCGGCCGGGAGAGAAGAUGGAUCGCAAAGGCUCCAGCAAGUGGAGGCCGGAGGAGACUCAGGUGUCGGAGGAGGAGACGAUGAAAAUGAGGAUGGAGCAGGAGAGGAUUCAAGCAAAGACCAGGGAGCUGAGGGAGCGUCAGGCCCGGGAACGGGACUAUGCCGAGAUCCUGGACAUAAGCCGAACGCCUGAGAGGUCCUCCGAGGAGGAGCACCCUUACGCCGGCAUCAAUGCCCUCAACAGCUCCGUUGACAGUGGCCACAGUCGGCCCCACAGCCCUCGAGACGACCACCCCCACAUCCAUCCACACCACCAGCACCAGCACUCCGAUACCCUCUACACCCAAGUCAGCAAGGCCCGCAAUGACCGGCCUCCGUCUGCAGACAGUAACCGGCUAACCCCGAGCAACCACGACCGGAUACAGAGGCUGAGGCAGGAGUUCCAGCAGGCCCAGAAUGUCCCCGAUGACCCCGACGAUCGCAGGAGGACCUACAGCUUCGAGCAGCCCUGGUCAAACACCAGCAGCAACGGUCCGGGCGGGUACAGCCAGCCGGGUCGCCACUCGGUGUCGGUGGAGGUCCAGAUGCAAAGACAGAGGCAGGAGGAGAGGGACUCCUUCGCUCAGGCUCAGCGACAGUACAGCUCGCUGCCACGGCAACCCAGGAAGAACCCCAGCUCCAUCUCCCAGGACUCCUGGGAUAAGGCGUACCCACCCGGUGAGGGCUUCCAGACGGCCAAGGACAACCCCAGGUACUCCAGCUACCAGGGCUCCAGGAACGGCUACCCAGGAGGCGGCAGCGUCAAUGCCAGAGUCCUUCUGGAGGCCCAGGAGCUCCUGAGGCAGGAGCAGAGACGGCGAGAGCAGGAAGCCAAAGGGAAGCUAAUGCAGGAGAGCACCGGCAACAGCAGCUACGACGGGUACCACCUGAAGGACCCGGCCUCUCCGAAGGGUCCAUACCGCCACGACGUGCCACCUUCACCUUCGCAGUUGGCGAGGCUGAACAGAUUGGGGUCAGAGAAAGGCAGACUUUUUUAUUCCUGAGGAGUGCCGAUGGACUGAUGGAGCAAGAAGAACUUCAAGAGCUAAGGGGAUUACCUUGAAGAAACAGCUAAAGCGGACGCUGCAAAUCUUGACAAAGGACAACCUAGAGGUCUUAUAGCUUAGCGAUGAUGUUAGAGGUAAACAGUUGUGAAGUGUACUCAGUAUGUGGGUGUUUGUGUUCAAUCCCCCGCUGUGCCGAUGACCUAUACAAGUUGUCAGUCAGUCACUCACCCUCCUACAGACAUGAGAUGCUCAGUGCCUUCUCUGCAUUCACGAUGCUUGUUCACAGUCGUCCAGGACUCUGAUUCAUCGAGAUCUGGCACCGUCAUGUACUGACAAUCAAAUGGGCAGACAGGCAAAGUGAGUGGGCGCUUUUUUUUUUUCUUUUUUUUUUUUUUUUUUGAGCCCACGGGGAGGCGUAAGUUCUGUGUGGGUUUGUGUGUGGGCAUGUGACAAGGUACAUGUUUCACUAUCAAGUACGCAUGUCCCGUGGAUGACUCUCCCCACCUGUCACAAAUCACCCUUUCGUUAACAUUCAGUCCCUGCCGAUGCUGCCGGUGUUUUCUCCGUAUUCUGUUUUUCUUUACUUUUCAGUCUUUUCUCCGUAGCAAUGGAAGCCUCUCAGUAUUCUCCCGGGAGCGGAAAAAACAAGGCAAAGUGUGUGUAAGAAAGCAGGGCACAGCGAGUGUGUGUGUGUGUGUGUGUGUGUGUUAUUAAUAAAAAAGCCCCCCCUCAUAAAUGAUUCAUAUUGUGUGUUAUCUCCGCGGAGGAGACUCAGGCAGGGAAGGUAGACAGCUCUGAUCCUCUGCCUGGCCCCUCUGCACGGCUCUGGGCUUGACUCGCUGGCCCGCCUGCCUGUCUGUCUGGAGCUCACAUCCUCCUCUCGCUGCUCUCGUCGCCUCUGUUCAUUACGCUCCUUUCUUCUACCUCAGCAGCCCCCCCACCUUCAUCCUCCUCUUCUCUUUUCGCUCACCUUUCUCUCAUCUCACCCCUUCCCCUUACUCUUCCUCCCGCUACCCACUACUAACCCUCUCCUCCUCAUCAUCAUCCUCCUCCUCCUCCUCCUCCUUGUCUCCCGAGUCAGGCUCUGCACUGAAUUUUUCAUCACAAGCCACCUGCUGCCUGCCAGAGAGCCAAAGAACGCUGCCACCAGAGGCACCGACAGAGGGCCCAGCUUCUGACAUAAAGAGUUGAAUAAAAAAGCAAAAAAAAAAAAAAAAGAGACAGAAUAAAGAUGGGUGGAGAGACAAUAAGCCUCCCAGUGUGAGAUUAGUUAAAGCUUUUCUCCCGUUUUUAACAAAAGGCAAAAUUGUCCUCAGGAGUUAAUUGCUUUCAAUUGCUAUAAUUGCUUUUUGUAUUUUUACCUUUUUAAGCGUUUUGCCGGCACUCUUCUGCAGAGUGAUUUAAAAAGAGGGAGCAGUCGGGGUGCUAUCUUGCUUUUGAAAAAACAGCAGUUGAUGGAUGAAAUGAGUGCUGUUGGCUUUUAAAGGGUACGUUGAACAAAAUCACACAAAAAAAAAACAAAAAACAUAUUUUCCAUCUUACCUCCAGUAAUAAUGCAGAUCAUUUGGAUAUUAUUUGCCCAGGUUUUGAGAUGUCUGCCUCUGAGUUUGCCUCUGCCAUCCGCUCUGCAAUUGAAGUAAAUGGAAUUUGAAAUGUGGUUUUCCACAACAAUGACAAGUACUUUGGUUUCUUUUAACGUUUUUCUUCCAAAGAAAUAGUUUGGAUCAAUACAGUUAAAAAAUAAUUCUCGUUGUGGCUAUUGAGCCUCUAUGGAUCAUGCUGACUUUGCAUUCUUUAUUGUAGUGAAAUGGAAACAUGGAGUCACGUUUAACAGCAUCACGGCAAAAAAAAAAUGUGCAAAUUCCCUGCAGAUGUGCAAAACUGAAAGGUUUUUACAGUGUCACAUGUAAACAAACUAGAAGACGGAGAUAGAAGGUUGUCUAGCAAGUUGCCCCAGAUAGAGAGCCAUGGGGGAGUUUGCAGAUGAACUGGCAGUGUGUUGUUGGAGCUGCCUUCACACGCCAGAAAGUUGCACAACAAAGUUCAAAUCAAAUCAAUGCUAAAAUAUUGACAACAAAUACUUUCAUGGUUGCCCUACGGUAGCUAGCCAGCUGGAAAUGCUCGCAACACCAGUCGUAAUAUUUCUUUGUUUUCUCUGGCUUACUUACUCUCUGUUAGCUGGCUUGUUAGCGUAGCACUUAGCAAACAGAAGUAUACACAGUUAAUCAGCUAGCUGGUCCAAUGCAACCAUAGACUGGAUAUAAAAGAUGGACGUAGCCUCCAGGUACGAAAAGUGAAGCCAAUGCUGAAGUGUCUCAAACCUGCAUUUUGUCCAACUGCCAGCAGGCGGCGACUCCUCUGGUUGGUAUAAGAAGUCUGGUUGUAUUGAAAUCUGUGAGAAAAAUAUCCCACUUCUCCUUUGAUCUGUUACCUGAGCUAGCAUUUUUCCAACAUGUUUAUGGUCUAAAUCACUAGUUUGAAAAUCAUGGUGUGUGUUUUGUCCCUUACUCGUUACAUCAGGUUUCAAAAGAGCAACACGAGGCUUUGAAACUGUCGUCCACAAACUAACAGGUGACGUAACAUCUUUUAUAUACAGUCUAUAGAUGCAACUUGUCAGCCACUAUAGCUUCCUCCCCUUCCGACUCACCGGCUCUGCGUUAACUCAGUGGAUGGUCAAUCUAUUGAUAAAGUUGAUUUUGUUGAAAUGAUUUAAUUCCACUGGGGUGACUGAGUCUUUUUAAAUGCUGCACGGACUACCAGUUAAAUUGCAUUGAUCUCUGCUGUAUCAGGAUGGAAAUAAUCUGAAAACCUGGAAAAAUUCAUCCAGAACCACGUGUAUGAGGUAAAAAUGUCUCUUUGGAAG